CUCGGAUUGUUUACAGGUUAAGGCGCAGUAGUUCAAUAUGCCGUUUGUAGCGCAGUUAGAAAUUAUUGGUUUGUUAAAAACGCCUCAUUUUCAUGCGGCCAAAAGUAUUGCCGAGGCUUUGAAACAAAAAUUCCCAGCUUCAUUUGCUGAUCCGUCUAUUCGCCCAAUGCUUGAAAGUGACUGGCAUGUUUAUAUAACCAAUAAGAAAAAGGAGCUCAGGGGGGAGAUGUGGGAGUACGCAGGAAAUGUGGUGUGUCUGCUGAAUGGGAGUGUGCUGGGAGAUGAGAAGCAGCUGAGUCUUUGGGCAGAGAACCAGUGGACUUUCAGCUAUUUCCGUCCACAAGCACUUUACGCAGCUCUCGCCCAGGAGUGCCUCACCAAACACCUGCAAAGCACAGGGCAUGUUUUUGUAUAUAUGGAUGUUGUGAUUGGAGGCGAGGCAGCUGGGCGACUGCUGUUUGAGUUGUUCUCAGAUCUGUGUCCAAAGACAUGUGAAAACUUUAAAGCCCUGUGCACUGGAGAGGCGGGCACCUCUCAGAGCGGACUGUCACUCUGCUAUAAGGACUCCUUAUUCCACAGAGUAGUGCCUAAUGGCUGGGUGCAGGGAGGAGACAUUACAGUAGAAAGGAGAGGUGAUGGUGGGGAGUCAAUCUAUGGCCCAAUAUUUGAAGAUGAGAAUUUCUCGGUGUCUCAUGCCAAGCGAGGCAUCCUGGGUAUGGCCAAUCAAGGUGCUCACACUAACAGUUCUCAGUUCUACAUCAUACUCCAGCCAGCCCUGUGGAUGGACAGAAAAUAUGUAGCCUUUGGGCAAGUUGUUGAAGGCACAGAGGUUCUCAGGAGACUAGAAGAGGUGCCCACUUAUAACGAAAGGCCAAAACAAGACUGCAGGAUAGUCACAUGUGGAUUGUUUCAUCCUUGAUCAAUCAUCAUGGUGUUAGAUUAAAAAAGAAAACCUUUCACUUGUGUCAGCUGCAGUACAUACACCAGUAUCUCACUUGAAAAAUAACCAUGUAGAAAUGUUUGUAUUUAACUCAGCU